ACAGCAUCGUCUCCUCGAUUUUUCCUAUUCCCUAAGCUCUGACCUUGACACACGAAGCAGAUAGUGUCCACUCAACAUGUCGACUGCCUCAAGCCCGCCGGACGAUCCCAACUGGGCAUUCCUUUUCAAGGGGAAAAGCCUUUCUAGUCCACGAACUAUCGAUCUCAUCGGAGAUUAUGCCGGGGACGAACUGUUCAUCCUGGAGGGCGACUCGCUCCUACGCCAUUGCUUUUCCGACGAUCUGCUAGACUUUGACCUCGGAUUUCAGCUCCUUCAUGCCACUUACAUCGUUGAGAGAUUCCUCGCACAACUCCACCAGAGGAAGUGUCACUUUCACAUCGUCUUCUUCUCAUCCCAUUCAGAGGCAUGCAUCCCACAGCACAGCAGCGCGGAUAACUGGUCGAAGUAUCGCCUAGCUCGUGAAGUCAUCCUGCAACAUAUGAGUCGCCACUUACCAGAGACUAUCCCGUCCAUGCACAUCCGCUGUUUCGAGGGGUACGACUGCAAGGAUUUCGACGACUACCUUGUGGCAACCCGUGCGUACUUCAUCAUGUGUCAUGAUGGGGAAGAUCCAGCGAUCUACCACCAGCCUUGCGCCGAGAAAGCAGAAAAUUCUGAUGCCCUCUAUAUGGAUGAUGAGGAAAAGCAUAACAUCUCGGGACUAGACGACGAGAAUCCCUCGGGUAAGGUACGACCUGAAACCGGUGCGAAGCCCAAUGAAGCCGCCGUGAGCAACUCCGCUACGUUCCGAAGUUUUAUUUCUUGGUCCCUGUCUCGCGGCUAUACAGUCUCGCUCAUCAAUAGUCUCGAGUUUCGGGAUACUAAGGUCAUUUCUACGAUCCUCGAGGGCUUGGACUUGUCUGGACAGCAGUCGCCCGAAGAUCAGAAUGUGGACUCGAAGUCUGUACAUGAUAUGAUCUCUCAACUGAGCUCAAAUGGGGAAAAGUAUGCGGCUAACAUGUGCCAUCCUGGCGCAGUGUUCAGCUCCACGGUCAGUUUCCCAGCAGGUCAACCAAGUGAACGAAUCAAGAAGAUUUUCAGGAGAAUUUACGAAACUGUCCCACGUCCGAGCCUAUCUCAGCGGGAAUGGGCCGUUGUAUUCACUCUUAGUGCUUUGGGAGAAACUGGCAAACAACGUAAGAAGGCUGGCAGAUGCAUGGAAGCUAUGUUGCUACACACGGCAGUUCUGUCCGAGUGUCGACUGUGUGACCGCCCAUGUCAACCCGAUGUGUCUGGGCCCGGGGCGGAUUUCCUGAGACAGUACAACGAUAUGGCGCUUGCCGUCUUGCAGUCUCCCUCCUGGCAAGAAUUCACUGCGGAUGACCAUGUGCCCAGCGACUUAAUCGAUAUGAUUGACGGAAGGAUCUUUCUCGGAACUCUGAACAGGGAUCAGAACUUGAGUUUGGCAAUGCUUGUCAGCCCUACGGUAGUGGAGAGAUACAAUCUCCUCGUAUCAACACUCAACAAGAUCUGCGCACAAAAGAUUGCCGGAACCAUCAUGACAGGAGACGGUGUCAUGUCAGCAGACCGUCAGUACCAGGAACACACGCUAGACAUAGCCCACUCGAGAUGCAAGAGCCACUCGAAUAUCUUGGGCUCUGUCAUGCCUUUCAGUAACCCCAUUCUGGACAAGCACCUGGGUCCCAUUUCAUUGGACAUUGUACCCUCUGCUGUGGGGAUUUCGAGUUCUGCACGUUCGAAACCGUUCACGGAGCGAACCCAUUGGCAUAAUGCCCGCCGUCCCUUGGACGUGAAGCAGCCCGCCGCACCGCCUCAGAAGAUUCAAAGUCGUUAUCAGCGCUUGAUGAGAGAUAUCAGGCAGUAUGCUCUUAGUCUCACAGAUGCGACCGGAGGCAUCUUGCAGCCCGAAAAAGUGUUUCGAGAAUCGAAAGGAAUUGCGGAUCGCAGACCUACAAGAAACCAGGAGAAUACCCGUCGUCCCACAGGACCCAAUCCAUCAUCCGAGAUUCAGGACAAGCAAUUGAUGUUUAUCAAGAAGCAGAUGGAAGUGUGGCAGGACCAGCGCCGCUGUUUCGAUAAAGAGCCAAGUCUCGCCCAGCGAUACGUGAACGCCAAGUCCUACCUUGAGGGCUUGCCAGAAGAGAAGCGAUGUCAUUUAGAAGCUGAAGUUCUAACAUACUUGAUAAGCACCCUGGUUGGUCUUUGGCGCAAGCGAUGCUUCGCCUCCAAAAAAAGCCAGUCAAUGCAUAUAGUGGCCCUCAUUUGGCAUAUAAUUCUUCAAAUCACCAAGGUGCCAGUGGGAGUAACUAAAGAUAUCAUCCAGUGCAUCUCGAAAACUUCGAUAGCACUAGGCCUUCCGGAAGUCAACCUAGUGCCUCAUGGCAAUCAAUCCCUGACAUUCGAGUUCGCGUUCCCGGGAGCCGAUACUGAGGGCUUACACAUAGGAUUGUCAUUUCGUGAGUUUCAGCUUCUCCAUGCAGGUCCUUUUCUCGAUCGCAACAUGGAGUCAGCGCUAGAUUCCCGGGUCAGGGGUUUUGCGCCUGACAGAUGGCAACGAGAGAUCCUAGAUCAGAUAGAUGCCAAGGCAAGUCUUUUUGUGGUGGCUCCUACCAGUGCUGGGAAAACAUUCAUAUCGUUCUAUGCGAUCAAACAAGUUCUCCAAGACAGUGAUGACGGAGUCCUAGUGUAUGUCGCACCCACCAAAGCCCUUGUCAACCAAGUCGCCGCAGAGAUCGAGGCUCGAUUCUCCAAAACCUACAAGCACGCUGGAAAGUCUGUUUGGGCCAUUCACACCCGUGAUACUCGAGUCAACAAUCCAACCAAGUGCCAGGUACUCAUCACAGUGCCACACAUUCUUCAAAUCAUGCUUCUUGCGCCAGGCAACGCAAAGUCAUGGUCCUCCCGCAUAAAGCGAAUUAUCUUUGAUGAGGUGCAUUGCAUUGGUCAAGCCGACGACGGCGUAGUCUGGGAACAGCUACUUCUUCUGGCACCAUGUCCUAUUGUUGCACUCUCUGCAACCGUCGGCAAUCCCAAAGAGUUCAGCGAUUGGCUGAGCCUGACACAACGGGCAAAUGGCUUUGAGCUAAAAACAGUGGAGCACAAAGUCCGCUGGUCGGAUCUCAGGAAGUACAUCUAUCGUCCACCAGCCAGGUUUAACUUUGAUGGCCUCCCGGGGCCCGCAGUGCUUCCAGUCCUCGGUCUAGAUGGGUGUGCUGACAUGGAGUUCAUACACCCCGUAACAAGUUUGAUCGACCGUUCAAGGGGCAUACCAGACGAUCUUUCACUUGAGCCCCGCGACUGCUUGAAGCUCUGGCAAGCAAUGGUCACAAAUCAAACAAAGGAAUUUGCCCUUGAUGCCUCCCUAUCUCCUUCAGCCAUGAUGCCGGAAAUCAUGACCAAAGCUGAUGUUUUCCCAUUCGAAUCUAGAUUGAAAGCAGUUCUUGCAUCAUGGAUGAGAGACCGGAAAUCGCCAUUUGACGCCGUGGUGCAGGAGUUAUCCGAGAACGCUCUCAACAACAAGAAAACUGAUGUUCAUUCUUCAUCGACUGCGAACAGUCAUCACACGACAUUGGUCGGCCUAGAAGCCCUGCUGAAUACGACUCUACCGCUCAUCUACGCCCUCUCCGAGCAAGGCGCCCUUCCGGCCCUGUUUUUCAACUAUGACAGGAGCUGGUGCGAGAAAAUCUGCCAUCGCAUUUGUAGCGAGCUGCAGAAUGCCGAAAGAUCUUGGAAAGAGUCUGAUGCAGAAUGGAAAAGCAAACUGGCCCGUUUUCAGGCAUGGAAAAAGUCCAGCUCGACUCGUGCCAAAAAGGCCACAAGCCACAAUGCCGACAAGGUAUCACGGGCAGACCGACUGCGAGAAGCUGCUUCAGAGGAACCCGACUGGUACGCGUCUUUUGACCCCGACGAGCCGCUUGAUAGAUUCUCUCUGGCCAAUGGAAGGGCGAUAUCGAAAUCGGACUUUGAAACAUAUGCCGCGGAGCUAGAAUCCUUUGAAGUACCUGAUAGAUUCAUCGACGCGCUGAGACGCGGAGUAGGAGUUCACCAUGCAGGUAUGAAUCGCAAAUACCGCAAUGUGUGUGAGAUAUUGUUUCGGAAGGGGUUUCUGCGCGUCGUUAUUGCCACUGGCACGCUGGCGCUGGGUAUCAACAUGCCCUGCAAAACAGUCGUAUUUGCAGGUGAUUCGGUGUUUCUGACAGCGCUCAACUUUCGACAAUCUGCGGGACGGGCAGGUCGCCGUGGCUUUGACUACUUAGGUAAUAUCGUCUUUCAGGACAUCUCUGAUCUGAAAGUCCGUCGCCUUAUGAGCUCCAAGCUGCCUGACCUCAACGGACACUUUCCCAUCACCACCAGUCUAGUUCUUCGUCUUUGUAUUUUACUUCAUGAAUCGGACCAGGCUAUCCUCGCAAAGAAAGUUGUUGACUCGAUCCUGUCAAGUCCGCGCAUUUACCUUGGCGGGCCAGAGUCCAGACAGACGGUACUUCACCAUCUACGCUUCUCGAUCGAUUACCUCCGGCGCAACCAACUCCUCGAUGAGACUGGAGUGCCACUCAACUUUGCCGGUGCGAUUUCCCAUCUUUACUACACUGAGAACUCCAGUUUCGCUCUUCACUCUCUCCUCAAAGCGGGAUAUUUCCACCGCUUGAGCAAGCAUCUCGAUGAGAAUCCUGAACGAACCCUCCGCACCCUAAUGGUAGUCAUGUCGCACCUAUUUGGCCGCCGGCCCCUUCAUCCCUCCGUCAUCAAGCGCCACCUUAAACGCCACAAACAGUCAACCUCGGUGGUAGUCCUUCCACCCCUUCCCCGACCAGCUAAGCGAAUCCUACGGCACCACAAUCGCGAGACCUUGGACAUCUACUCCACUUACGUCGCUACCUUCGUUGACCAGCACCUCCACAACCCAGAUGAUGUGCUUCCAUUGACCAAGCUGAAACAAGGCGGCACGAAUUCGAUCUCUCAAUUCACCGCCCGUGACAACCACACAAGACCAGCAGUCAUGUGCCCGACCCAGGCGGCGAUCACAUCAGCCUUCGUCGCCCUAUCCUGUCCUGACCCCCCCAAGACCAUCGCACACCUCAGUAAAUCAGUGCGUCAGGGAGUGUGGCUCGAACAGUCCGUUAUUCCGCAUGUGCCAGUUGAGUCAGACGGAGAGGCAGGCCCGCUGAAUGCGUAUUUGUAUGACUUCUUUAAGCAUGGCAACAAGUCGGCGCUAGAUAAGGAGAACAUGAUUCGGCGCGGUGAUCUGUGGUUCCUGUUGAAUGACUUCUCUCUGAUACUAGCGACGAUUGUCACGAGUCUCGAGAAUUUUCUAAAGUCGGAUGCGAAGUCAUCAGUGGGGGAGCCGGAUGAUUUGGGAGUUACGGGGUGCGGGGAUGCGCAGGAGGAGGAAGAUGAGGUUGACAGUAUGGCCCAGACUGUGCUGCCCGGGAGGGAGAAGAACUCGGUGGCGAAGCAGAAGGCGAAUGAGACAGGAGGCAAGACUGUUUUCGCCGCUGAUUCAGAGGAAGAAGUACCGGACAGUUGGGAGGAUAUGAUGGACGAUGAAACCAAGAGCAAUGCGGAUACUGUUCCAGCUGGUCUCGACGAGACAUUGCCCACCGACCACGACGAGCAGGGCCAAGGGGAAGUAUGCCAGCAAAUGGAAUCCGUGUUCGACCAAGAUGGAUUGCAACGAGUUCUCGAGAUGUUUCAACUGUUGCGGACGGAGUUCAAUGCUAAGUUUAAGAAGAUGUGGGCUUAAGUGUACCGUGAUUGAUUUGUGUAUUGCGAAGUGGAUAUAUUGGGACUUGUGUGGUCUUCAAAACCCCGGAGUGAACAUACCUACACGAAGCAAGUAUCGGUAUCUGGUGGGUGGGAAUCGUCAACGAUGAGGCGUAGCCGAGUGAUACCUACAGGUGGCAAUGAGACCCGCAUGUCGGUGUGAGGUCACAGGUAUCAGCUAGGCAGCGUUGAACAAUAUAAGAGGCGACUAGAAGAGGCAACUUGCUCAGCUAUGAUGCCUUAUUCGACUCAUUCCCAUGAAGAUUUGACGAAUUAGCAGGCGGUAGAGGGCUGUGAUUGGCGGUUGAUUGCCGUAUUUCCUGCUGUGGCUACAUGAUCUAUGCAAUUUGAUUUUCUUCGUUUGUUC